AUGGCCGAGGGCAACAGCAACAGUACUGCUCCGCCCACCAAUGGGGAUGUCAAUGGCAAUGGCAAGAAGCAGUUCAUCUUGAACGCCUUCCUGAUGAAUGCUCCCGGCCACCUGGCAGCUGGACAGUGGCGACACCCGCGGAACAAGACCGACCAAUACACCAAACUGUCGUUCUGGACCGACUUGGCCCAGUUGCUCGACAAGGCUGGGUUCCACGCCAUGUUCAUCGCCGACACCCUGGGCCCGUAUGAUGUGUACAAGGGCCCUGCAAACGUGGUUCCGUCCUUGUCCUCCGGGGCGCAGUACCCGGUCAAUGACCCUCUAUACUUGGUCCCGGCCAUGGCUGCGGUCACCAAGAAUCUGAUCUUCGGGGUCACGGCCAGCUUGACAUAUGAAAAACCCUAUGCCCUCGCCCGUCGGCUCUCUACCGUCGAUCACCUCGCCGAGGGUCGUUUCGCCUGGAAUAUUGUCACGUCGUAUCUCGACAGUGCGGCUCGGAACCAUGGGCUAAAAGAACAGAUCCCGCACGAUGAGCGCUAUGCCAUUGCCCACGAGUAUCUAGAGGUCCUCUACAAGCUCUGGGAAGGAAGCUUCCGUGACGACGCGGUUCUGGCCGAUCGCGAAAAAGGGAUUUAUAUCGCCAGCGAUGCGGUGCGACAAAUCCACCAUAAGGGGAAGUAUUUCGAGGUGCCUGGCCCCCACUUUGUCGAGCCAUCUCCGCAGCGGACUCCCUUCUUGUUCCAGGCUGGUGUCUCGGAGGCUGGAAACAACUUUGGAGGGAAGCACGGAGAAGCCAUUUUCAUCGGGGGACAAACGCCUGAGAAGGUCAAGGUGACGGUCGACAACAUCCGUCAAGUGGCCCAGAGAGAGGGCCGAGACCCCAAUCACAUCAAAGUGAUCCUCGGAAUCACGGUGAUUGUGGCCGCAACCGAUGAAGAGGCGUUCGCCAAACGCGACGAGUAUUACAAGUACGCCGACACCGAGGGGACAUUGGCACUAUUCGGGGGGUGGACGGGCAUCGACCUGUCGGGGUACCCUGACGACGAAGACUUCUCGCUCAGUGCAUCACCCAACGUUUCCAGCCUCGUUCGGCGGUGGGCUAGCACCGUGCCUGGGACAGACAACCUUCCCUGGACCAAACGACGCAUCGUCGAGUACCUGGCCAUCGGUGGCACUCAGACCAAGCUGAUCGGCAGUGCCACCACCGUGGCCGACGAACUGGAGAGAUGGAGGGACAUCACCGGCGUCGAUGGAUUCAAUCUCGCCCAUAUCACCAACCCGGGCUCUUUCGAGGACAUCAUCGACUAUCUAAUCCCUGAGUUGCAGCGCCGCGGACUGUUCCGGACCAAGGUGGAGAAGGAGGGCGCCACCGCCAGAGAAGCCUAUAUCGGGACGAAGAGGCUGCCUGAAGACCAUCCGGGAAGUAAGUACAAGUGGCGUGCUGGAGAGAAAAUCCCAAAGUAUCAGCUGGCAGAAGGAGCUGUAGAGACGGAGACUGCUGGGGCGGAAAAGGCGUGA